UUUUUCUUGUAUUUUUACCCGCCUCUGGUCUUCGACAAGAAAAACUCCUCGCCGUCUGACAUCUGAUAUCCCAUACACCCACGAUUUGAGUCGAAUAUCAGAUAUAGGUCCUGACCGAUUUUUUUGUCCCCAGCAGACAUGACGAGGUUCCAAGUCGGAGGAAAAGUGGUUGAGAGUGUGGAUUUACUGAGGAAGAGACGCCGGGUAUGGCGUCUCGACCUCUGGCCAUUCGUGACUUCAUAUCUGAUUUGGCUAGCAGUCGGCAUUCCUAGCUUAGAUUUCAUUGACGCCUGUAUAGUUCUCGGCGGCAUCGCAGUUUCCCAUAUUCUCGUAUUCCUCUUUACUGUUUGGUCCAUCGAUUUCAAAUGCUUUAUCAAGUAUUCCAAGGUUUAUGACAUUCAUCUUGCUGAUGCCUGCAAAGUUACCCCAGCAAAGUUUUGUGGCUCUAAAGAAAUUGUGUCCCUACACUUCAGAAAGUUGCCAUCUUCAUCAUCUGAAGAUCUGGAAGAGAUUUAUUUUGAUUUCAGGAAGCAACAGUUUAUCUAUUCAAUGGAGAAGGGGACAUUCUGUAAGCUUCCUUAUCCUUCCAAGGAAACAUUUGGAUACUAUCUCAAGAACACUGGUUAUGGAACUGAAGCUAAAGUUAUUGCUGCUAUUGAAAAGUGGGGCCGAAAUGUAUUUGAAUAUCCUCAGCCCACAUUCCAGAAAUUAAUGAAAGAACAAUGCAUUGAGCCUUUUUUUGUCUUCCAGGUCUUCUGUGUGGGUUUGUGGUGUUUGGAUGAAUACUGGUACUAUAGUUUGUUUACCUUAUUUAUGCUGUUUAUGUUUGAGUCAACAAUGGCUAAGAGCCGUUUAAAGACACUCUCCGAGCUUAGGCGUGUAAGAGUUGAAAGCGAGACUUUGAUGGUGUAUCGAUGUGGCAAGUGGGUAAAAUUAUCGGGAACCGACCUAUUGCCUGGUGAUGUGGUGUCUAUUGGGCGUUCUGUUGGUCAAGUUGGAGAAGACAAGAAUGUGCCAGCUGACAUGCUUUUGCUAGCUGGAAGUGCAAUUGUGAAUGAAGCUAUACUUACUGGUGAAUCGACUCCUCAAUGGAAGGUUUCAAUCAUGGGUAGAGGAUCUGGUGAGAAAUUAUCUGCUAGGCGAGAUAAAGCUCAUGUCCUUUUUGGUGGAACAAAGAUUUUGCAGCACACUCCAGAUAAGACAUAUCAUAUGAAGACCCCUGAUGGUGGUUGCUUGGCUGUUGUUCUACGAACUGGGUUUGAGACUAGCCAAGGAAAACUGAUGCGUACUAUCCUAUUUUCCACCGAGAGGGUUACUGCUAACAGCUGGGAAAGUGGACUGUUCAUUCUCUUUUUGGUUGUUUUCGCACUGAUUGCAGCUGGCUAUGUUCUUAUGAAGGGGCUUGAGGACCCAACUCGAAGUAGAUAUAAGCUGGCUCUGAGUUGUUCCUUGAUUAUUACUUCAGUGAUCCCCCCUGAGCUACCGAUGGAGUUAUCAAUAGCUGUUAAUACAUCUUUGAUUGCAUUAGCGCGACGUGGGAUAUUCUGCACCGAGCCUUUCCGAAUUCCAUUUGCUGGGAAGGUUGAUAUAUGUUGUUUUGAUAAGACCGGGACACUAACAUCAGAUGACAUGGAAUUCUCUGGAGUUGGUGGGUUGACAGAUAGUGAGGACUUGGAAAGAGAUAUGAGUAAAGUCCCAUCACGAGCUCUGGAAAUUCUUGCCUCUUGCCAUGCUUUGGUUUUUGUGGAUAAUAAACUGGUUGGUGACCCUUUGGAGAAAGCUGCGCUUAAGGGGAUUGAUUGGUCAUACAAAUCAGAUGAAAAGGCCAUCCCAAGAAAGGGUGGAGGCGAGGCUGUUCAAAUUGUGCAUAGACACCACUUUGCAUCUCACUUGAAGAGAAUGUCAGCAGUCGUUCGGGUGCAGGAGCAAUUUUAUGCCUUUGUAAAGGGUGCACCAGAAACAAUUCAGGAGAGACUUGUUGAUGUGCCACAUUUCUAUGUCUCUACCUACAAAAAGUACACCCGUCAAGGAUCUCGAGUGUUGGCCCUGGCUUUCAGAUCUCUUCCAGAGAUGACAGUUAGUGAAGCUAGAAGUCUGGAGAGAGAUAUUGUGGAAAGUGGCCUGGCUUUUGCUGGCUUUGCGGUAUUUAAUUGCCCCAUCAGAGGAGAUUCAGCUACUGUAUUGUCUGAGUUGAAACUAUCAUCACAUGACUUGGUAAUGAUUACCGGUGAUCAGGCAUUGACAGCUUGUCAUGUAGCUAGUCAAGUUCAUAUCAUUUCCAAACCGGCAAUGAUUCUUGGCAGUGCAAAGAAUUGUGAAUUAUAUGACUGGGUCUCACCUGAUGAGACUGAGACAAUUAGCUACAGCGAGAAUGAAGUUGAGGCGCUCUCGGAGACUUAUGAUCUCUGUAUUGGAGGCGAUUGUGUUGAAAUGUUGCAGCAGACAUCAGCUACCCUUAAAGUGAUUCCGUAUGUGAAGGUGUUUGCUAGGGUUGCUCCUGAGCAAAAGGAGCUUAUUAUGACCACUUUUAAAUCUGUGGGAAGAAUAACAUUGAUGUGUGGUGAUGGAACUAAUGAUGUCGGGGCUUUGAAACAGGCACAUGUUGGAGUGGCUCUGCUGAAUGCAAUUAUUCCCCCUUCCAAAGCUGGGAGAUCUGCAUCUGAUGGAUCAUCCAAAGCUGAAACAUCAAAGUCCAAUCCCAAGUCGAAGAAACUCAAGCCUGGAACUGAAAACGGAGACAACACUACGAUGAAAGGCCGAAGUACUUCUAGGUUAGAAUCCACCAGUAGCCAAGCUGGUGGUGGUAGUCGCCACCUCACGCAAGCUGAGGUGCAACGUGAGAAGCUGAAGAAAAUCAUGGAUGAACUGAACGAGGGUGGAGGUGAUGGUCAAGCCCCUAUAGUCAAACUCGGGGAUGCCUCGAUGGCUUCACCGUUCACUGCAAAGCACGCUUCGGUGGCCCCCACCACAGAUAUCAUCCGUCAAGGCCGAAGCACCCUUGUGACCACCCUCCAGAUGUUCAAGAUACUUGGACUUAACUGCCUCGCAACCGCCUACGUGUUGAGCGUGAUGUACCUUGACGGCGUAAAACUUGGUGAUGUCCAAGCCACAAUUAGCGGCGUAUUCACUGCCGCUUUCUUUCUAUUCAUCUCACAUGCUCGCCCGAUACAAAACCUCUCGAUCGAGCGACCCCACCCUAACAUCUUUUGUGCCUAUGUGUUUCUCUCUCUUCUUGGCCAAUUCUCUGUUCACAUCUUUUUCUUGAUUUCUUCUGUCAAUGAAGCUGGGAAAUACAUGCCGGAUGAAUGUAUUGAGCCGGACUCUGAUUUUCACCCGAACCUUGUGAACACAGUUUCGUACAUGGUGGGCAUGAUGCUGCAGGUUGCUACCUUUGCAGUCAACUACAUGGGUCGCCCUUUCAACCAGAGCAUAUCAGAAAACAAGCCAUUCCUUUAUGCCCUCUGGGCUGCUGUUGGCUUUUUUACUGUUAUAACGUCUGAUAUGUUCAGGAGCUUGAACGAUUGGUUGAAGUUGGUUCCACUGCCAAAGGGUUUGAGGGAUAAGUUGCUUAUAUGGGCUGUCCUCAUGUUCUUGUGUUGCUAUACAUGGGAACGGUUGUUGAGAUGGGCCUUCCCAGGAAAGAUGCCAGCGUGGAAGCACCGACAAAGGCGGGCCGCUGCAAGUAUUGAGAGGAAGAAAAGGGUUUAGUUUUUUGUCAAUUUAGUUGCCAUCUCUCACUAUGAAUAGAACUAAUUCCGUUGUCCCAAUGACUUGUGUUUUGGUUUCUCUUCAGAGUGGCUCGUGGCCCUACAAACCCCUGAUGUACUAUAAAAUUUUGAUUCUAACGUUGUAUUCAUAUUUUGUGUGGACAAAGAGUUGGGGGAAUGUUAUGUACACUUCUUUAUCGUUCUACAAUCACCCCUACAUUGCACACGCUGAAGUAACUCUAACAUGCAUCCUGUAACACACGGAAUGGCUGUAUCCUAGAACCCUUUUUAUCCUCGCCGGUUUGUUUAGUCAAAUCAAGUAGACUGGCUGAAUUUGUGUGUACUUUUUAUUUUGGUUCCACACUUCCACCGAAGAUUUCACUUUAUAUGGAUUUUUCAUUACUGAGUA